UGAUAACAUGAUAUUUUCUAUCCGCGUGUGAUCGAGUUAUCGUUCGCGUAUUUUCAGUGAGUGCUCUGUGCUUCAAUCGUAAUGAUCACUUGAUUGUGUGCUGUUAGACGUAGUGAAUUAGAAAUUUAUUUAAUUUAUAUGGAGCGUUAUGCUGACGAUGAAAUGGAAGAGCGAAGAUCAAUUCGCAAUUCUGGUAAAGCACUCAAAAAAUAUGGAAGUACAUCUAAACAUAUAAAACGAAAUGAAAUUAUGAUCAAACAUGUUGUGUCCAAGUCAGAUACACUUCAGGGAAUCGCCCUCAAAUUUGGAGUUACAACGGAGCAAAUUAGAAGAGCUAAUAGACUGUGGGCAACGGAUAGCUUAUUCCUACGAGAAUAUUUAUUGAUUCCCGUACCCGUGGAUAAUCCGUUAUCUACUCCAAGCAAUGAUGCUUCGACUGAAUCUGAAUCUAAUCACACGAUUGCAAGUACCUCUAGGUCCUCAUCGAUAUCGUCGUCCAUAGAUCAAGAAAGUACUGUAGAUGAUUUUUUAGCAAGAAUGGAUUCAUCUAUAGCAAGUGUUAAAAAAGAUGUUAAACGCGCUCAAGGAAACAGUGAAUUUUGUCACGAGGGUGACGAUUCAUAUGUACAGAAACGAAAAGCAGUGGCUAGGUUACGAAAUUCCCAUCCAGUUUCGUCAAAUCCUUAUGCACCAAUGCCAACGUCUGAAUUAGUUAAUUCAUUUUCGUCAAGCGAUGUUCACAGUCUUCCAUCAACAGUUGUGAUGACACAAGGAAGAAGAGUGCGAACAUCACUGCAAAGACUACAACAACAACAAGACGAAAUGUUUCAAUUGUAGCAAUCAAUUUGCGUACGAACAACGUGCGUUUGAGUCAUAAAGAAAAGAAUAAUUUUUUAUCGACUUCAAAAAAAAAAAACAGAAUCUGAAAUUCUUUAUCAUGGUGCAAUAGUUAAAUGAAAAAUACAAAGAAGUUAGUGCUUAGUUGAAGAAAUUUGAAAAAUAAUCUAGACCAUAAAAAAGGAUCCCCUCUCGAAAGGGAACCGUCUGUGCCUUUCCCUCAAGCCUAUAUAAUUCUACUUUACAGAUAUUUUUUACAUUCCCAUAAACUUCUUUUUUUUUUUUUUUCCCCCACCCAAAAAUUUAUGGUACAGAUUUUGAGAUUUAUCAAAGAGAUUAUUAUUAUCAUAAGAAAGCGAAAAGAUUCAAUAGAAUAAAUAUUUUGAAAUAUAGAUUAGUUCCGAUUUCUCAAAGUUUUGUCUAAAAUAAACAUUUUUCGAACGUAUCAGAAAAAAGAGACUUAAAUCGCACUUGCUUCCGAAGAUUAAAUUCUUAAAAAAAAUUUUUUUUUUUUUCAUAUACAUAAAACUCUGAAUCGUGUCUUCUCUUAUUUUAAAUGUGGAACAAUUCAUUUGUCAUUCGUUGAUCGAAUGUAAUUUUUUCAUGAUUGUAAAGAAAAACAAAAAGUCCAUAAAAAAAAAACUGUAGAGUAGACAAAGUUUAAAAAUACAGCGAAAAACAUUUGUAGAAAAACAUGAAUCGGUGUCAAAAAAAAAAAAACUCCAAAAUACAGGGAUAAUGUGAAAGAUUCAGUAGUUAAAUAAAGAAAAAUAUUAAAAAGAGAAAGAAUAAACGAACAAACGGAAUACGUGAACGAAAUGACUGAAAUGAACGGAAAAAUAAGAAGAAGAAGAAGAAGAAAAAUAAAUGGAAGAUAACUAAAAGAAAA